GAGAGGCGGGUCUGCUGGGCGGGGUUUCAUUGACAGCAGGAAGAAGGCUGGUGUGGCCGCGGACUCGAACCUUCAGCAGCCGCUGACUCUCUGCUCCCUUUUGAAAGACGUGGAUGUGAUGGCGCCCAGAGGGAUGAACCUGUGGAGCGUGUGCGUGCUGCUGCUCUAUGUGACCACGGCGGUGCUCGCGGGGAGGGAUUUCUACCAGAUCCUGGGGGUGGGGAAGAGCGCCACGGUCCGGGACAUCAAGAAGGCCUACAGAAAGCUGGCCAUGCAGCUGCACCCGGACCGGAACCAGGACGACCCCAAAGCCCAGGACAAGUUCGCGGACCUGGGGGCAGCGUAUGAGGUGCUCUCAGACGAGGAGAAGAGGAAACAGUACGACGCGUAUGGAGAAGACGGACUGAAGGAAGGUCACCACAGUUCACACAACGAUAUCUUCUCCAGCUUCUUUGGUGACUUCGGUUUCAUGUUCGGAGGAAACCGGCAGCAACAGGACAGAAACAUCCCCAGAGGAAAUGACAUCAUACUCGACCUGGAGGUCACGCUUGAAGAGGUGUACUCUGGGAAUUUUGUGGAGGUUGUACGUAACAAACCUGUAGCUAAAGAAGCUCCUGGCAAGAGGAAGUGUAACUGCAGACAGGAGAUGAGGACGACGCAGCUCGGACCCGGACGCUUCCAGAUGACCCAGGAGAUGGUGUGUGACGAGUGUCCCAAUGUGAAGCUGGAAAAUGAAGAGCGAACCCUGGAGGUAGAAAUUGAACAGGGAGUGAGGGAUGAAAUGGAAUAUCCUUUCAUUGGAGAAGGGGAACCUCACAUUGACGGCGAACCUGGAGAUCUACGAUUCCGCAUCAAAGUGUUAAAACAUCCUGUGUUUGAGCGCAGAGGAGACGACCUGUACACCAACGUCACCAUCUCCCUGGUGGAGGCUCUGGUCGGCUUUGAGAUGGACAUUGCACAUUUGGACGGACACAAGGUCCACAUAGUGAGAGAUAAAAUCACGAAACCCGGCGCUCGGAUGUGGAAGAAAGGAGAAGGUCUGCCAAACUUUGACAACAUCAACAUCCGAGGUUCCCUCAUCAUCACCUUCGAUGUGGAGUUUCCUCAGACGCAGCUCGACGAUCAGCAGAAAGACGGUAUACGCGGUCUUCUGAAGCAGGGCUCUGUACAGAAGGUUUACAAUGGACUACAAGGAUACUAACAACACACACAGCCUGGACUGCCACACACACACACACACACACACACACACAACACACACACACACACACACAUCAAUCAACCGGAGCACGCUCCAUAAUUCUGGCCAGGGUGUAUUUAUUAUUUUUUCAGAUUGUUCUCAGGAUGGAUUGAACCCAAUUUAAAGUUUUUACUUUUUAAUCUCGUCAUCGGUGGCAUAAUUACAGACGCUCUAUUUGUGUGUAAACGGAAACGAUGCCACGUCUCUCUUGUACCUUGUAAUAAGGCCUUUCUGUUUAUUUGAAAAAUCCAAUUAUCCUGUUUGUAUCCGAGUGACGUGUCGAGGUCAAACAAGCGCCGUCACCCGUGGAGACGACAGUCAGACACUCACUCAUCUCCCUGACGUCUGCUGCUGCAGGAACUCGACUCCUGAAGAAGAA